GGACUUGGUUGUUAGUUUACCAUCAUAGUUCGUCCUGUAAAUCGAACAGUAAACAGUUUCAAGUGUUUUUUUUUGAAAAACAAUCUAAAAAAAACAAAUCAUCAUGUUCAAGUUUGUGAUUCUCGCUGCUUGCUUGGCUUUUGCCGCCGCUGAACCCGGAUUCGUUGGCACUCCACUGGUGUCAACUUAUUCCGCCGGUGUGCCUGCAUACUCUGCAUACUCUGCUUAUGCAGCACCGGCUCAUCUCACCUACGCAUCACCGGCUCUUGGCUACACGAAAUAUGUCGCUCCAGUUGCCCCAGCGUACAGCGCCUAUUCAGCUCUUCCAGUUCCAUACGCAGCACGAUCAAUUCACUACUAGACACACUACUAGAUAGUAGAUACUAGUCUACUAGAUGAAAAUUUGAUGGAUUUCAUGUUCAAAAUUCGUGUGACGACUCUUUUUUUGGACUUUCUGUCAAUUUCAUUCUAUAGACAAUUCUAUAGACGAUUAAGGUUGUUCAUCAUGGUCUAUUAUCAUAUUGGAAUUUUAUAACAAUGGAAAAAUUUCACACACACAAAAAAAAAAGAUAUUUCUGUAUUAAAUUUCUCGAAAAUAUUUUCAUAAUGCAAUAAAUUUUAUUUUCUACCGUA